GGCAGUCGGACAGGACGCGCUUGUGCCAGGCAAGCAGCAGGCACUAAUCGUCGGAUCCCUCACUAUCAUGGUCCCCCGCACGAAAAAACGACGGCUGGAACGCGUCACAUUUUUCAGCCGCAAAUUUAAAGCCUAAAAGCCAGCCAUGUGGGAAUCGAAUUGGGAUCGUUUUUUAGGCUAAAUCAAAAGAAACAACAAACUAAAGAAGAAGUCGGUGGUUUUUAACCACGCGAGCAAGAGGGAAGGAAAGACGGCGUCCGGCCCGAGAAGAAGCUCCGAGGUCGGGGAAUCCGGUCGGAGCAACCCUCGUCGUUUCUGGCCGCCCCUUCCCGAGAGCUCCAUGGAGAAAAUGAAGCGGUUCAAGCGGCGUCUCUCUCAGACAUUAAGAGGCAGCCACACCAUCGACGAGUCGCUCUCGGAGCUGGCCGAGCAGAUGACGAUUGAAGAGAAUGGUCUGAAGGACAACGCAGAGCCCAUCGUGAAGAAUGGCCGCCCGCCAUCGGCCCACAGCGUCCACUCCUUCCUGCACCAGUACACGGGCUCCUUCAAAAAGCCACCACUACGACGGCCUCAGAGCGUCAUCGGCGGGGGCCUCGGCUCACUCAUGGUGAUGCCUCGCAACGGCAGUCGCCUUGAUAUUGUCCACGAGAACUUGAAGAUGGGUUCCGACGGAGAGAGCGACCAAGCCUCUGGGACGUCCUCAGAUGAGGUGCAGUCACCCUCUGGUGUCUGCUUGAGGAACAGAGGGAACCGCCGCAUCUCUGCAGAGGACCUAAACAAGCGCCUGUCCCUGCCAGCCGACAUCAGGAUACCUGACGGCUAUUUGGAGAAGUUGCAGCUGAGCAGCCCACCCUUUGAUCAGCCACUGAGCCGACGCUCCCGACGGGCAUCGCUGUCCGAGAUUGGCUUUGGGAAGCUGGAGACCUACAUAAAACUGGACAAACUGGGAGAGGGUACAUACGCUACGGUCUUCAAGGGGCGGAGCAAGCUGACAGACAACCUCGUGGCACUCAAGGAGAUCAGGUUGGAGCACGAGGAGGGAGCACCAUGCACGGCUAUCCGAGAAGUGUCACUACUGAAGGACCUGAAGCACGCCAACAUCGUGACGCUCCAUGACAUCGUGCACACAGAAAAGUCGCUCACACUGGUUUUCGAGUACCUGGACAAAGACCUCAAGCAGUAUAUGGAUGACUGUGGGAACAUCCUGAGCAUGCAAAAUGUCAAGAUUUUCCUCUUCCAGAUCCUGCGAGGCUUGGCCUACUGUCACCGGCGGAAAGUUCUCCAUCGAGACCUGAAGCCUCAAAAUCUGCUCAUCAACGACAGGGGGGAGCUCAAACUGGCCGACUUUGGCCUCGCAAGGGCUAAGUCGGUGCCCACAAAAACCUACUCUAAUGAGGUGGUGACGCUGUGGUACCGGCCCCCCGACGUGCUGCUGGGUUCGUCUGAGUACUCCACACAGAUAGACAUGUGGGGCGUGGGCUGCAUAUUCUAUGAGAUGGCUGCGGGCAGGCCCCUGUUCCCAGGCUCCACAGUGGAGGAUGAGCUGCACCUCAUUUUCAGGCUGCUAGGCACUCCCACAGAGGACAGUUGGCCUGGAAUAUCCUCUAUAGAAGAGUUUAAGUCCCACAAGUUCCCAAAGUACAAGACACAGCCGCUCAUUAACCACGCACCCAGAUUGGACAUUGAUGGCAUUGACUUGCUCACGUCGUUCCUCAAGUACGAGUCCAAAAAGAGGAUCUCUGCUGACGAAGCAAUGAGGCAGCCGUACUUCAGGAGCCUCGGGCCUCGCGUGCGCACACUGCCAGAGAACAUAUCCAUCUUCACACUGAAGGAGGUCCAGCUGCAGAGAGACCCCGGCUGCAGGAACUCCUCCUAUCCCGAGUCAGGUAACGGGAAGAGCAGAAGACAAAGCAUGCUGUUUUAAAUUCUUUGGACUGUUUUUUUUUUUUUUUUUUUUAAACAUUUGAGCUGUACAGUGUCAUCGCUGGAUCAGUAACCUUGAGAUGGAGCAUCUUCAUCACCAUCAUCAGCUCUUCUAACCACUCUGAGUGCUUGUCCAGUGUGACCCCCACCCCCUACCUACCUAACCCCCCACCCUGACACUUACACAAGGUUUGGCCUAAACAUGGCCCAACAGACAUUUCUAUACUCUAUUUAUUAAGAAGAGAGAAUGUGCUGCUAAGAUCUGACUACUGUUUUAGAAUUCUAACGGGCUCAGUCACUUUAAUAAGAACAUGCAAUGUGUAUACUGUAGAUUUGGAAUCUUUUGAAGUGGUGACAUUUUUUUUGUGUGUUUUUUUUUUAACUCCACAUAUUUUUUUCCUUGCAGCUUGAAAAAGGUUUGGACUUUUUGUUCGCAGGAGAAGCUUCAGUCUUGACAGACGUUGGCGUAUCAUUCCAGGGUCACGCCUAGCAGGGCAUUAAAUACACAGAGGUACACCUCCAUGGUUAUUCUCACAGUCGAAAUAUUUAAGCCAACAUAUUAUUGUCACAUGUGAUGUUUGUCUGUUACAAAGCUUCUCUGGGCUUUUUUUUUUUUUUACCUUAAAAAACUGCAUGGCUGCCAUGUUGUUACAAGGAAGAAGUACAAGCUACUCAACUCCUAAUUCAGGGAGCCCCGCCCCCUUGUGUGAACUCCACCCCCUCAGUCUAUUUAACAGUAUUUUUGUAUGAUAUUCUUUAAUGUUUAUUUGUGGAUCAUUGUUACCAGUGUGGGAUUUCAAUGCAGAUGCCCUCCCAUUAGUUUUUUUUUUUCCAGAGCAAAGAUUAAAUCUAAAAUUUAAACAGAAAGAUUGUACACUUUCUCGUGAAAAAUGCAUUCAAUGCUUUUAUUGAAAAUGAAUGACAUUCAUCACAAUACAAAAUUAUACAGAAUACAUACUGUAUACCACGUCCAGUAUAAAAAAAAGGAAAUUACAAGUACUAAAAAAGGGGUUUUUGUUAUUAGAAAUCUUGUUUUGAAGAAGGAUAGGAGACACAAAAAUAAGGCACAGCCGGUACUAUGUGAGAAGCAUAGUGCAUACGUUACAUAGAAAAGGCCUGACAGGUGAAGCACGCAUCACUUGUGCUGCCCUUGAAGAAGAACAAGUGAGAGGUUAUGAAUGAGCGUCUAGCUAGAGUUCAGCAGCUAGCUAUGCCUCCACAAAUAUGGCUUUAAACCGAGUGCUUUCCAAAUGCUGCAACCUGAAGCAACCCAAGUGCAAAAAAACAAAAACAAAAUGAGGUCACAAACAGUCUCAAGAGGACUUGUCCAAUGUCGGCAGAUAGGGAUUUAAGACGGGCCACUUUCUGGAUCAGGAUUUGUGGGCGCUGGGUGACAGGAGUGAAGAGGAGGAGGGUGUUCCUUCCAGGUUUGGCAGGGGGACAGGCAUGUGUCCGUUGAUUAAGCUGGGGAACUGCACAGGAAGAGAAAG